GUAUCCGCCAUUUUCUCCCACGCCGGAGAAUUUGGUUGUAAAUUUAUUUGUCAAAUUACAAUUCAUUUCUUCGAGAGUUACUUCAUUUUUGUAGAAAGAGUGAAAAAAUGGAAGCUGUUAGAGCUUUCAACAAUGAGCUGUCAGGUCUGUACGAGACAAAACCGCCGGUGUCUCGGGCAAAAAUGGCCCAGGUGACAAAGGGUGCAAUAAAGGCAAUAAAGUUCUACAAACAUGUGGUGCAGAGUGUGGAAAAGUUCAUCCAGAAGUGCAAGCCAGAGUAUAAAGUUCCUGGUCUGUAUGUGAUAGACUCAGUUGUGAGACAGUCAAGACACCAGUUUGGUGCACAGAAAGACGUCUUUGCUCCAAGGUUUACAAAGAACAUCAUCACAACGUUCCAGAACCUGUUCAAGUGCCCUGGUGAUGAGAGGAGUAAGAUUGUGCGUGUACUUAAUCUUUGGCAAAAGAAUGAAGUGUUUCCAAGUGAAAUUGUACAGCCGCUGCUAGACCUGGCUGCAGAUCCAACCAAGCCAUCUCUCCUUGCUGCUGCCCAGGCAGCAGUAGAUCGAGUGUUGGAAGCAAGUGGGAAAGUCAGCGGCAGUUCUCAACAACACCAACAGCAGCAGCAGCAGGCACCAGCAGCAAACGAACCAUCUGAUGACGGUAUGAACCAGGCAGCAGCAGAAAAUAUGCUGGCCACACAGAACGAUAUGCUCAACACAGUCACUCAGCUUCUGCAACAAACUAAUUCUGGUAACACAAGUCUGAGUGCUCAGCAGCAGCAGUUACAGCAGUUACAACUUCUGCAGCAACAGUUGAUACAGCAGACAGCACUCAUGCAGCAACCAACAGGUGGCGCUCCUCUCAUAGACGCAAAUUUACUCGCACAGAUACAAGCACUGACCAACCAACUACUACAGAAAACUGAAGCUAAACCAGAUGAAGGAGGAUUUAACAAGAAACUUCUAGAUUUUGACUAUGGAGAGAGUGAUGAUGAAGAAGAUAAAAGGCCUCCACAGCAAAAUAUUACUGGAGAUGUUCAGACAAUCUUAAAUGACUCUGGUCUGAUGCAACAGAUCCAUCAGGUAUCACAGACCAUACAAAAAAAUAACGAGUACACAACAGAACUCACGGAACAGGAGAAAAGACGUAGAAUCCUGGAGCAGCAGCAGGCAGAGUUUGAUCAUCAGAUAGCACAGGGUGUUCAGCAACCACCUCUACCUUUUGGUUCCCAGCCUCCAGCUCCUGAUGGCGAUUUUGUGGAAGAGGGAGAGUACACGGAAGAAGUUCAAGACGAGGAUUUCCGUGAGCACCAACAAUUUAGGGAUCGAGACGAUCGUGAUAGACGGGAGAGGAGACGCAGAUCUCGGGACAAGUCCCGAUCUAGAACACCUAAAAGACGCAGAAGAUCACGAUCAAGGUCCAGGGACCGUCGGCGAAGAUCAAGAUCACGAGAUAGACACAGGAGGUCAAGGUCAAAAGACAGAGAAAAGAAGGAGAGGGAAAGAGAUAGAAAGAAGAAGGGUCUGCCUCUUGUGAGAGCAAACUUUGUUACCAUUUGCACUACAACAAUAUGGAUUGGACAUUUAAACAAGUUUACAUCUGAGGAUGAACUGAAGACUGAACUGGAAAGAUACGGACCUGUGGAAAAUAUUAAUAUGGUGCCUCCCAGAGGUUGUGCUUAUGUUGUAAUGAGCAAUCGAAAAGAUGCUUACAAGGCCAUAGACCGACUGAAGGGCCAUAAACUAAAUGGAAGUGCACUGAAGACAGCAUGGGCACAGAGUACAGGUAUAAGAGAGUCAGAGUUUAAAGACAGCUGGGACUUGGAUGAAGGUUCUAUGUAUAUACCAUGGGACAACCUGCCAAAAGACCUCUCAUCUUUCCUAGAGGGGGCAAUAAUAGAUGGUGUAUCUCUACCAGACCAUUUGAAAGAUAUACCAACAGAGAAAGUGAAAGUAGAACAAACAGAACCACCAGUCACCACAACAGGUCAGGUUACAAAUACAGCAGGAAUGAUAAACAUGGCAGGGCAACCACCCAUGCCCCAGAUGCCAGGACAACCACCUAUGAUGGGUAUGAUGCCGGGAAACAUGCCACCUAUGCCUGGUAUGAUGCCUGGAAUGCCAAUGAUGCCAAUGCAGCGACCAGUUGUGCCCGGAAUGCCACCUCAGGCUAUGCCUAUGACACCGGGAGCACCACCUCAGAUGAUGGCAGGAUCUCAAGUACCCACCAUGCCAGGGGUCAGACCACCUGGUGCAGGGGUUAUACCACAAAUGCCAGCUAUGAGUAUACCUAGCUCUGCAGCUGCCAAUUCUCUAGCACAGACGAUACAGAACAUAAUGUCUACAACAGCUGGUGUAGUACCAAGCUCUCCUUCAGUGCCACCUCGUCCCACUGGGUUGAUGCCAGGAAUGAGUCCAGGAGGGCCACCGAGAUUUGGCUUUAAUCCUAACAUGCCACCACCAGGGUUCAGACUUCCUCCACCAGGGUUUGGGAGCCCAAUAAGACCAUUAAUGGGUGGUCCAAACAACAUGCCACCAACAACCAAGCAAUCGGAGUCUAGUCAGUUGGGCGAGAGACUUUCAAUGCUGGCUGGUCAGGGAACAAAACAACCAGAAAUGGCGUGGCCACCAGACAGCAACGACAAGGAUGAUGACAUGGAGGAAGAUGAUGAAAUAAAUGAGGAUAGGUCUGAAAUUAUCCAAAACAAUACCUCUUUACCCCCAGGGCAGUUCGGAAGGGCUCAGAAUAUGCCACCUAUGGGUAUGGAUCAAUCUCCAAUGAGAAUGAUGGGUCCGCCACCUCCUGGAGGAUUUCCUCCUGGUGGACCUCCUGGACCUACCAAUCAGCCAUGGAACAUGAACCCAAGAAUGGGCGGACCUAGACAAAUGAGACCGCAAAUGGGAGGAACAAAUAUGGGUCCAAUGGGACCUAUGAAUCAAAUGAUGGGUGGUCCAGGACCACGAGGGCCACCUUUUAUGGGUAAUAUGCAAGGUGGGCCAGGCUUUCAACGAUUUGGCGGUCCCAGAGGUCCAAAUCCUGGAAACAUUAGAGGUCCAGUCUCCCUGCUGGAUCUUGAUUUAAAACCUAAGGACACUUUUGUAGGUGAAUCCUUUAAUAAUGAAGACAUUAAAGAGCCAGUAGAAGAGGAUAUUGGUGAAGUUGAAGAAGGGGAAGAAGUUCCAGAGGAAAAUAUUAACAGUUUCGAAGAGAAUGAACCAGAAGCUGAACAGGAUAUAAGUAAUGUUUAUCCAUUUAAUACCUGGAAAACUGUGUCUAGAAAUAAUGAUGAUGAUAGAAACAGAGACAGAUCUGGAACACGUGAUAGAUCAAACCGGGGUCGUGACCAUGACAGAGAAAGGGAUAAUGAUGAUAGGGGUCGUGACAGACGAGAUUCUAGAGAUAGGGAUAGACAUAGAUCUCGUGAUCAUGGUAGGUCUCGUGAAAGGGAUAGGAGUAGAGAUAGGGAUCGCGGAGACAGAGAUAGGGAUCGCGGAGACAGAGAUCGUGAUUGGAAAAGGAGAGAUGAUCGUCGUGAAGACAGAAAGGACCGUGAUAGAGACAGGGAUCGUGGAGACAGAGAUAGGUCACGCAAGAGUAGAUGGAGUGACGUUGAUAAUGAGAAACAAAAUGAUAAUGAGAAACAAAAUAUUGAUGACAAAAAACAUGAUACAACACUAGCUCAAGGAGAUGAAGGAACAACAGCAACUGAAGUAGAAGAAAGUAUUGCUGUUGAAAAUUCAGGAAAUGUGUCGGAUAAUGUGCAAACUAGUGAAACUAGUGAGAAUGUUGAUGAAAAUGUGAAUAAUAGUAAUGGUAAUGGUACAGAAACCUCAGAUAACAAAGAAAAUGAAGAAAAAAGUGAAAAUGUAAGUGAAACCACUGAGAGUAACAAAGAAAAUAUAGAGCAGAAUGAAAAUUUGAAUGAAUCCAGUCAAAAUAAUGGUCCAGUAAGCGAGGAAAAAGUAGAUACAGCCUCUGAAAACAAGGUAGAACUAGACAAAACUACUGAAGAGAAUACAGAAAGUGUGCAAAAUGUUGACAUGGACCUGGAAGAAGGCGAGAUAUCUAGUUAAGGGCAAUGAAAGUUUUAGUCUCUAAUCAUUAAAGUGUGUUCAUUUCAUUCAUUUGGUUAUAAAUGCAGAGUAGUAUGUCUUUCAGAAUGUUAAAAUGUCAGCAUUUUUACUGAAAUAUGAAUGGAAGUUAUUCACAGUUAGUUUGAAAUAAAUCUUGAGAAUGAAGGGCAGAAGUGCAUGUAAGGGCUGAUCUGUGAACACCUAUAUUUGCUUCACUGUUCAUAAGUCUGUAGUAUUUACAACAGUUUCAUGCCAAGGUGAUUAAAUACCUUUUGAGAAUUGUAAAUGUAAUAUUUACAGUGUUGUGUUAAUGGUAACCAGUAUGAAUGAACAGGAAUUGUCGGUUCAGCCCCGAACUUGCAAUAUUGAUUAUUGAUUGAAUGAUAGAGUGAAAAGAGAAACCAUGAAUUUUUCAACGUAAUUUUCUUUGAACGUUUAGUUAUUCCAGGAAUCAUGACUUGAUUAGGGAAACCAUGUUCAACCCAUUGUACAUGUAUGUUGUUAGAUACAUUUUUUUUUUCACUGAAAUUAUACAGCAAAUCAUUUAAGAAGUCAUUGAGAAACUGUUCAGGCAGAAAUGGAAAUGAAGGUCUAGAAGGAACUGUUGUGUGAAAUGUCUUUGGGGGGGGGGGGGGGGG